ACAAGACGGUCGAGAUCUACAUAUUAUCUGUAUUCACUCUCUCCUCGGAAAGGAAGGAAGAAGGAAAAAGGAAGAAGGAGAUCUAGAAAAUGCCGCUGUACGACUGUAUGCUUCUGUUCAAGCCAGUAAUCAGGAAGGAAGGUCUGAUCGAUCUGGUUGCUCGCAUCGGGAAACACGUUUACAGCAAAAAUGGAGUUCUCACGGAAGUCAAAUCCUUCGGCAAGGUCGAAUUGGGUUACGGUAUCAAAAAGCUCGACGGUAGACAUUAUCAGGGGCAAUUGAUGCAGAUAACAAUGAUGGCAACUCCAAACAUUAACAAGGAGCUUCACUACCUCAACAAAGAGGACAAGCUCCUCCGCUGGCUCCUUGUUAAACACCGUGACAUCAAGAUUGGUUCAUCCGAGAUGGAAGACCGUCUGGACGAGUCUAACAGAGUUACUAAUAGGAGCUUGUAUGAUGAGUCUUCUACGGACGAAGACGACGAUGUCUUAGGCUUAUCUCGAUGAAGAUAAGAAAGAAAUCGUUUUACUUUUCAAAAAAAAAUGUUACUCAGACCACCAGAGUGUCCUUAUCUUUCUCUUAUGGUUUGUUGACUUGGUGUUGUUUUGCUCCUCAGACAAAGAAAUAAGAUAUUCAUGUAAUGGUUUUAGGCAGAAAAGAAUAAAGGAAAAACUGAGACGGUGGUCCCUUCGUGAAACAAACACUUCUAGUGUUUCUUUAUGUCAUUUUUUAGUUUGAAGAUAAACUGAAGUGUUACUAUGUUA